AUGGUUACGACGCUGUUUACGACUGCUCAGUCCGACUUACUGGCAUCUCAUGGAGAGGAGUUAUCUGCUGAGGACCUUAUUCAACUGGAGAAGCAGAUGAUAGAGGAAGAGGAAGACAUACCAACUCCAGAACCCAAGAGAUUUACAAGGCAGGGCUUGGCAGGAGGUUUUGCCCUGAUAGAGGAAGGGUUAUCAAGGUUUGAGGCUGAGGAUCCCAACAUGGAGAGGUACACUAGGGUUGCCAGAGGAGUCAUGGAUUCCCUUAGGUGUUACAGGGAGAUAUUAGAGGAGAAGAAGAUGGUCUCCUUCCAAAGUAAUCUGCAGCAGUACUUCAAGAAGGUAGACAGGCCUGCAACAGAGCCUGCAGCAGAGCCUCCAACAGAUCCUGUACUUGUACCCUCUACCUCACCUGCCCCUCUUGGCUCACCUGCCCCAGCAUCUCCAGCAAGUUCUGUAGCUUCCUCCCAAUAAGCUUGUUCUCUCUUUGGCAUUGUUAUUUUUGUUUAUUACAGUACACUGUUUAUUACUGU